CCACCCUGGAAGCCCCUGUGCUCUGUUCCUUUUGCGCUCUGGGGCCCGCGCUCCCAGCCGUUAAGGCGCUUCAUUCCCAUGGCAACCAGCGGGGCGGGGAGGAUUCCGCCGUCUCCAUGGCAGCCGGGACGCCUCCCGCUUAGCUAGGCCAGAGCGGUGCUGCGAGAAUAGUUCAGGCGCGGCGGAGGUGAGGACCCUCGGCGACAUGAGGGGAGCGGAGGCCGCGGUGGCGGCGGCCACCGCGAUGCGAGACGAGGACGAAGACGAGGACGAGGAGGAGGAGAGGGAGCAGCAGCCACAGCCACCACCGCCGGUCGGGGUCGCGUGUGCCGUCUGUGGAGAGCUUAGCAGUGGGUGUAACCCGGCCCGCGUUAAACCCUGGAAAAAAUUCCUAUAUUGUGAGCCACAUAAGAGAAUUAAGGAAGUUCUCGAAGAAGAACUUUUUAUUCAGAGAGAUGAAUGCCACAUCAAAAAUCCAUCUACAGGUACACUUUCUAGGAAUCUCAGGAAGAAAUAUUGGGGUUGGUGACUCAAGCAGUUCAGGAUAUGGAAGAAACACAAGCAGAACAAAAAGAUAAGAAUAACAUUUGAUGCCAAGACUCAGUACAAGUGUCUGAUUCCUGACCCUUAACUUUCUUCUCAUGCUUGUUGUCCUUCCUUGCUCCAGCUCUUCUUGAAUUCACAGUGGAAAGAGGCCUGAAGUUGGGUCAGAAGAACUAUUUCUGCCACUUAUUAGCUGCAGAUAGCUGUAGAGGCAAAUCUUUUAAUCUCUCUGCUCUCCAGAAUCUCUGUAAUUUUCCACUUACUCAUCUGUAAAAUGGAAGUAACAAUAAUAUUUGGAUUACCUGCCUUGAUGUAUUAUUGGAAGCAAAGUGCUUUGUAGACCAUAAAACAAUACAUGUGCUGUCAUUGCUAUUGAUGAACCCUUAUAUUUGGCCCACCUCUCUCUUCCUCACUGUGUCCCUGAUGCUUUCCUUUUGGACUGGAAGAGUUGUGCGUGCUCGCCAGCAAAAGAAACAGCUGCCACAAAGAGUGAACCUACUGUCCCCUUUCAGCCUGCCCAGAUACAAAGGAACAUCUUUCACAGCGAACUUUAUCAAAAGCACACAAGCUACAUGAGUUUUCUUGUGUCAGAACUGUCCAUUCCCUAAACACAGAACAAGAAGGGCACCAUAUCUAUCAAUUCAUAUCUGCAGUUACAUUAUUUGUUUUGUGCAUCCCUGUGCAUUUUCAUUUGCAAUUGUACUCAUUAUACUUAGAAUGUAUUCAGAGGCAGCUAUGGUAACUGAAUCUAAAAGAGCACAAAUGAAUUAAACUG